UUUCUGUGGAACUGCCCUGCAGCGCUCCAUUUUCAAAGUCUCUGAUUGGCCGCAGUAAUGACGGAAGUAAAUAGUCUUCUUCAAUAGUCGGAAAUGCUUUGAUGAAUUACAGUAACGUGGAGUUUAAAAACGAUAGAAAUAGACACUGAGGAGUCACAUUACAAGCUCGGUCAUGAGAAGAGUCACGCUGUUUGUAAAUGGAACCUCAUACAAUGGCAAGGUGGUGGCAGUUUAUGGAACUCUAGCUGAUCUACUGUCAGUUGCAAGCACAAAAUUUGGAAUAAAAGCUGCCAACAUAUACAAUGGGAAAGGAGGUCUUAUUGAUGAUAUAGCCCUCAUCAGAGAUGAUGAUGUCUUGUAUAUAUCGGAAGGAGAUUCUUUUGUUGAUCCACCAAAUAACCUAGAGAGUCCUCAUGAGUUUCAUUCCUGGGCACACACCGAUUGGAUCACCCUCAAUGUGGGAGGCCGACGGUUCACAACCACACGGAGCACUUUGGUCAAAGAACCGGAGAGCAUGUUGGCUCACAUGUUCAGAGACAAGGAUGUUUGGGGAAACAAACAGGACGAGCAAGGGGCGUAUCUCAUUGAUCGGAGUCCAGAUUACUUUGAGCCCAUAUUAAAUUACCUGAGACAUGGACAGCUCAUUAUCAAUGAUGGCAUCAAUCUGCUGGGCGUGCUUGAAGAAGCUCGUUUCUUUGGAAUCGAACGUCUCGCUGAGCAGCUUGAAGGUGUUAUUAAGAAUUCCCAGCCUCCCGAAGAUCACUCACCCAUCUCCCGCAAGGAGUUUGUGCGUUUUCUGCUUGCCACUCCGACUAAAUCAGAACUUAGAUGUCAGGGCUUGAAUUUCAGUGGGGCGGAUCUCUCUCGUCUUGAUCUGCGUUACAUCAACUUCAAGAUGGCCAACCUCAGCCGCUGUAACCUCACACACGCCAACCUCUGUGGUACCAACCUGGAGAGAGCAGACCUCUCCAAUGCCAAUCUAGAUGGUGCCAAUUUACAGGGCGUGAAAAUGCUUUGCACCAAUGCAGAAGGGGCGUCUCUCAAAGGCUGUAAUUUUGAAGAUCCCGCAGGACUCAAAGCAAAUCUAGAGGGAGCCAAUCUAAAGGGGGUGGAUAUGGAGGGCAGUCAGAUGACGGGUAUAAACCUCCGCGUGGCCACGCUGAAGAACGCCAAACUCAAGAACUGUAACUUGCGGGGGGCCACUCUGGCAGGAACCGAUCUGGAGAACUGUGAUCUGUCCGGCUGUGACCUUCAGGAGGCGAACCUGCGGGGCUCUAACGUGAAGGGGGCCAUUUUUGAGGAGAUGCUGACGCCGCUGCACAUGUCACAGAGUGUCAGAUAGCCUCCUUCAGUAAGACUGCAGCCUCUUCACAGAGCAGCUUUAAUUAAAAACCUACCUGCAAUCUUAAUGACUGUCAUGUGACCUUAUGCCUGUUGAUAUUAUCUUAGAUUAUAUUAUAUUAUCUAUAUUCAUCUGCUGUCUACUGUUGCCUCUGAUCAUUUAUUGUGAUACAUUGCAUUAUUAUGGAUGGUGUUUGCUACAUUUCUCGAUGCAAGAUAUAUUUUUUUCUAACGUGAUUUGUGAUUUUCUGCAUUACAUUGUAUAUUUGUGCCAAGCUUCUACAUGCGUCACUGCUGGUCUGUGAACUGAACGUCUGAUAUUUGUGUUUUUGCAUCUGAUUCUGAUUUAGGAAUCUGGCUGUUCUGCGAAUGUGUAAUUUUAUACCUUUUCAUACGUGCCGUUUUUACACUGUUUUGCUUGUUUCACUGUUACGUGGCUUUUCUGGACUGUGCUGCAUGCAGAGAGGAAAACAUCUGCUGAAACCUGCUAGUUUAAUGUCACCAGCCCUGUAAAGAUCCAAUAAAGUCAAACACUGGAGA